CAAACAAACACGCACUCUCUCUUUCUCUCUCUCUCUCUCUCUCUCUCUAAUCCAAAGUUAUCUGACUAUCUAUCUAACCUCACGCAGACACAGUUGCAUUGUCAUCACAUGGGUUGUGUUGGUAUUUGAAACCCCCUUUCACCUCUCUGCCAACUGCCAAAAGCACAAUUAAAUAUAUAUAACCUAUCCAUCUAUAUCACUCUUCUCUAUAACAUGACUUUCGGUGCUGCUUUUGGUCUCCUUCUGUAGUUGUUCCUUCUCUUUCUCUGUACUCUGUACUCAUUCUCUCUGUAGAAAACCCAUUUAUUUUUUCCUUUGAUUUCUCUCAUAUUUUGCUUUGUGGGGUUUUGUCCUUUUUAGGAGAAUCUUUGGACUGAGAUUGUUAUUUUCAAGCAAGAAUUGUCUGGGUAAUGCUUUCUGAAUAUAUAUGGCCUAAGUUGGCAUUUCAUGGGAGGUAUAGAGGACAAUGAACCGCCAUUGAAACGUGCAAAGGUUCCCUUGGGAGAAUCAAAGAGCUUGUCAAAAGACUCAUCUCUUACACAGCCUGUAGCUUGCUCUUUGGGAGACUCGAUGGCUAGGCCUCUACCCUCCCAAGGAGAUAAAGAAACAGUUGGUUCAAAAGGAGUCAUCAAAAGAUCAGAAUUCAUCAAAAUUAUAACUAGGGCAUUGUAUUCACUUGGAUACGAUAAGAGUGGGGCCCUUUUAGAGGAAGAGUCGGGUAUACCAUUACACUCAUCAGUGGUCAAUUUGCUUAUGCAGCAAGUGAAGGAUGGAAAAUGGAAUGAAUGUGUGGCCACAUUGCAAACAAUUGCGGUUUUGGAUGAAACAACUGUGAAGUCAGCAUCUUUUCUGAUAUUGGAGCAGAAGUUCCUCGAGCUUCUGAAAAUGGAAAAAGUCACUGAUGCUUUAGAUACUCUUAGGAAUGAGAUUGUCCAUCUUCGCAUCAAUUUGAGCCGAGUUCAUGAGCUUGCUGCAUGCAUUGUCUCUCCUUCACAGUGUGUAAUACUUGGGCUUUCUAGUCAAGAUACUGAUGUUGUAAAGUCACGGUCAAAUAUUUUGGAAAAACUAAAGAAGUUGCUUCCUGCAGCAGUCAUGACACCUGAAAAAAGGUUAGAACAUCUAGUUGAACAGGCUCUUGAUGUGCAACGAGAUGCUUGUGUGUUUCACAACACUUUGGAUAGUGAUUUGUCUUUGUACUCGGAUCAUCAGUGCCGGAGAAACCAGAUUCCUUCCCAAACAGUUCAGAUACUGCAAGCACAUACUGAUGAAGUUUGGUUUCUGGAAUUUUCACAUAGUGGGAAAUAUUUAGCUUCAUCAUCAAAAGAUCAAUCAGCAAUUAUAUGGGAGGUUAAAGAGGACGGUCGAGUUUUAUUGAAGCAUAUACUAACUGGUCACCAGAUGCCGGUGUUGAUGGUUUCAUGGGGCCCAGAUGACCACCAGCUCCUCUCAUGUGGAGUGGAGGAGGUCAUCAGACGCUGGGAUGUCACUUCUGGAGAAUGCCUCCAUGUUUAUGAGAAAAGUGGUGUUGGCCUCAUUUCAUGUGGAUGGUUUCCCGAUGGUAGAGGGAUAUUCUCUGGUAUGACUGACAAGAGCAUCUGCAUGUGGGAUUUGGAUGGAAUAGAGCUGGAAUGUUGGAAAGGGCAACGAACGCUUAGGAUAUCAGACAUGGCUGUGACUGAUGAUGGAAAGAGGAUCAUAAGCAUUUGCAAGGAAACCACAAUACUAUUGCUUGACAGGGAGGCAAAAUUUGAGAGACUGAUUGAAGAGGAGGAAGUAAUUACUUCAUUCUCGCUGUCAAAGGACAAUAAGUUCCUACUAGUCAAUCUUAUAAACCAAGAAAUUCAUCUUUGGAGUAUAGAGGGUGAUCUGAAGGUCAUGGCUAAGUACAAAGGUCACAAGCGUGCCCGAUUUGUCAUUAGAUCUUGUUUAGGUGGAUUCGAGGAGGCCUUUAUUGCCAGCGGGAGUGAGGAUUCACAGGUCUAUGUAUGGCACAGAGGUUCUGGGGAGCUCUUGCUGGCACUGCCUGGGCAUUCUGGAGCUGUUAAUUGCGUGAGCUGGAAUCCUGCAAAUCUUCACAUGUUGGCUUCAGCCAGUGAUGAUCGUACCAUUCGAAUAUGGGGAUUAGAUCAGCUCAAUCUGAUGAGACACACAGUUUCGCAGAGCAAUGGCUACUCUAAUGGAAGAAGUUGAAACGAUUUAUUUAUUUAGAUGAUCAGAAAGCAAUGUUCUUUUGAAAACAUUUUUAACAUUUGUGUAAAUCCUCCAAAAUCAUUUGCUUUUUCGUAUGUUCUCGGCAUCUAUAGAAGCAAUAAGCACACUCUAAUAUUGCAUCUGGUAUCUCUGCCAAUUAAGCAAUAUAACUAGACGACUCUCUCUUAUUUCGCCUCA